AUGUGUUCCCUGCUCAAGUUGUCUGUCUAUGAAUGUAGGGGUGAACUCGAUUACCUAGUCAUAGACAUGCCCCCUGGAACAGGUGAUAUCCAGCUUACUUUAUGCCAGGUUGUCCCAUUGAGUGCUGCUGUUAUUGUCACUACACCGCAGAAGUUAGCAUUCAUUGAUGUUGCAAAGGGAGUUCGCAUGUUCUCUAAGUUAAAGGUACCUUGUGUUGCAGUUGUUGAGAAUAUGUGCCACUUUGAUGCUGAUGGGAAACGCUACUAUCCAUUUGGCAGAGGUUCGGGCUCUCAGGUGGUCAAGGAGUUUGGAAUCCCCCAUCUAUUUGAGCUUCCAAUAAGACCGACUCUAUCAGCUUCUGGAGAUAGUGGAGUACCCGAAGUCGUGACUGACCCUCAAGGUGAUGUUGCAAGAACGUUUCAGGAUUUAGGCAUCUGUGUGGUUCAUCAGUGCGCCAAAAUCCGCCAACAAGUGUCAACAGCAGUAACAUACGAUAAACUUAUGAAGGCAAUUAGAGUAAAAGUACCUGAAUCAGAUCAAGAAUUUUUUCUGCACCCUGCAACUGUGAGACGAAAUGAUCGAUCUGCAGAAAGUGUGGAUGAAUGGACUGGUGAGCAGAAAUUGCAGUACACGGACAUUUCAGAGGACAUUGAACCUGAAGAAAUUCGUGCUAUGGGGAAUUAUGCUGUAUCCAUAACAUGGCCUGAUGGAUUUAACCAGAUAGCUCCAUAUGAUCAACUCCAAAUGAUGGAGCGUCUAGUUGAUGUUCCUCAGCUUCUCCACCAAUAA